AUGGCCGAGGGGAGCGCGGCGACCGACCGGGAGCGGCUCCUGAGGAGGGUGCAGGAGCUGGAAGAGGAGGUGAAGCGGCUGCAUGAGAAGCUCCGAGAGGACAAGGAAGGCGCUGGGAGAAGCGAGGCUCCUUCAGCCUCCGGGAAAGCCAAGAAACGCCAGCGCCGGCCGUUUGAUUUCGGCGCCUACGGCCGCAGGCACGUGGCGCUGAAGAUCGCCUACCUGGGCUGGGGCUACCAGGGCUUCGCCAGCCAGGAGAACACCAGCAACACCAUCGAAGAGAAACUGUUCGAAGCCUUGAAGAAGACGCGGCUGGUAGACGACAGACAGACCUCCAACUACCACCGCUGCGGGCGGACGGACAAAGGAGUCAGCGCCUUUGGACAGGUGAUUUCCCUAGAUCUGCGCUCCAGCCUGUCGGAGGGGAAGAAGCUCAACGGCCACGAGGGCGGCUCGGAAGGCAGAAGCGACGGGGAGGAGGAGCUCCGCUACACCCAUAUUCUCAACAGGGUGCUCCCGCCUGACAUUCGGGUGCUGGCCUGGGCCCCCGUGGAGCCCGAUUUCAGCGCCCGCUUCAGCUGCCUCAAGAGAACCUACCGUUAUUUCUUCCCCUGCGCCGAUCUGGACGUGGCCCUGAUGCACGCCGCGGCCCAGAGGUACGUGGGGAGCCACGAUUUCCGUAACCUGUGUAAAAUGGACGUCGCCAACGGGGUGGUCAACUUCCAGAGAACGAUCCUCAGCGCCGGAGUGACGUGGGUGGAGAGAGGAGGAGAAACCGGGCCGCAGGAUCCCUUCCGUCUCUGCCAGUUUGAAGUGACGGGACAGGCCUUCCUCUAUCACCAAGUCCGCUGCAUGAUGGCCAUCCUCUUCCUCAUCGGCCAGAGGAUGGAGAGCCCCGAGAUCAUCGACGAGCUGCUGGAUGUGGAGAAGAACCCCCGAAAACCGCAGUACAGCAUGGCAGUUGAGUUUCCCCUCGUCCUGUACGACUGCGAGUUCGAAAACCUUCAGUGGCUCUACGACCGAGAAGUGCAGGAGUUCAACGUUACCCACCUGCAGCAGCUCUGGGCCAACCACGCAGUCAAAACUCAAGUGCUGCGUAACAUGUUACGAGGGUUAGAUGCCGCUCCCGUGGCUGCUGGAAAAAGCCCGGGGAGCGGCGGGACCGUCCUCUGGGGAGAUGCGAAGCCUCCGCUCCGCAGCCAGGUCAGCGGCUUCGUGGAAGGGGUCAAAGCCCGCACCUACAAGCCUUUACUGGCCCGGCCCAAGUGCGAGGGGCUGGAGGCCCGCAUCCGCCAUUUCGUGCGGAGGGGCCGCAUCGAAUCCCCCCAGGGCUGGGGGGCCGGCGGGGACCAGCAGCCCCCCGAGAGCAAGCGGAGCCACGGCGGGGCCGCGGAGCAGCCACCCAAGCGGGUCUGCGUCGACGCCGAGUGA